CAUAUCCUAUGACACUGAGGACCAAGGUGCACAUUUAGGAAAGUGCAGAGCACAGGGGACAGAGCCGCUGAAACAAGUGCAACCAUGACAUCUAAAGUGGAUAAUCCUCCAGCCUAUGAAGAUGCAUUGCAAGAUCCAAAGUACGAGCCCACCCCGCUGCAGCAUGGUUCAUCUGACGCGCCGCCUCCAUCCGACAGUCCUGGCCCUGGCAUGUACCCCGGCCCUCCCGGCUACUGGAGCCAGGCCGGCAUGUGGGCAGCGCCUGGCCUCUCUCCAUCUGGGAUGCCCACCACAAUACCCACUCUGUCUGCCAGCAUAACUGCAACCAACCCAAGAGAAAUGGAGGGCUUUCUAAGCACGCAGUGGGACAGUACAUCUGUUCGACACGCUUUUAUCAGAAAGGUGUAUUUAAUUUUAGCAGCUCAGCUCACCGUCACCUUUUCAGUUGUGGCCGUCUUUACAUUUGUGGAGCCAGUCAAGAUGUUUGUUAUCAGGUAUCCUGGAAUCUACUGGGCAUCUUUAGUGGUUUACUUUAUCGUUUACUGCAUUCUCAUAUGCUGCAAAGAGCCAAGGAGGCGCUUUCCAUGGAAUCUGGUGUUGUUGGGAGUUUUUACUGUUGCCCUAUCUUAUAUGUCUGGAACAAUUUCAAGCUAUUACGAAACCAAAGCAGUCUUACUAGCCAUGGGAAUAACGGCCUUAGUUUGCGUAACUGUCACAGUCUUCUGCUUUCAAACCAAGGUUGACUUCACUUCCUGCGGCGGAUUUCUCUGCAUUGCCGCCAUUCUGCUCGUCAUCCUCGGUAUGGUGACAUCCAUCGUGCUCGCCUUCCACUACGUGCCUUGGCUUCAUAUGCUCUAUGCUGCCAUUGGAGCAAUCGUUUACACCUUGUUUUUAGUAUACAACACGCAGCUUCUCAUCGGAAACCGGGAGUUGGCGAUAAGCCCGGAGGAGUACGUUUACGGAGCGCUGUCACUCUACAUUGACAUUGUUCAUAUCUUCCUCUUCAUCCUUCAAAUCAGUGGUUCGGCCACUGACUGAGAGCUUCAGAAGAGCUCAACGCGUCCCUUGGGAGUUUGGACUAACGUUAUCCUGUGUUAACUACCUAUUGUAAAAUAUGUUCCAUAGUCAGAUGUAAAACAUCUUAAAGUUGUCCUUGCUGUUUUGCCGCCAACACUUGAGCACUUUGGAUUUUUCUUGUCAUAUAUUUAAGAGGGUCAGCUGACAUUUUGUUGGAGGAACCGUUUAGUAUGUUUGCUGAACAAAUGAACACAAAGGCUGUUUUAUGUUUUGAAAUUAUUUUUACGAUCCAUGGUUUGUUCUUUUGAUUUAAAAAAACCCAUCUAGUUACAGACAUAUUGUAGGAGACCAUGAUGGUUAGUUGGAGGUAGUGAGACAGUAACUACAGGUAGUGCAUCUUAUCAACCUAACUUGAGUGCACGCCUCCUGUUGCUCAACUGUUGCUUGUUGUUAAGACAUCUCAUCACAACAAUCAAUAAAGUUUCCUACUGUUGCACUGACUCCAAUAAUCUGCCUUAGUAGAAAUAAAUCCCAGUAGCGUGUUAGUGUCUAAGAGUGGCACUAACCCGCGAAAUCAG